CGACGUCUCGGCUCGCUUCGGCGUCUCGGCUGUGGCGGCGCGCCGCUGAGCAAGGAGGUUGUUGACAGAUUUUGUGAGAGAUUUACCGGUGUGGAAAUUGGACAGGGAUAUGGUUUAACCGAGACCGGAGGAGGGGGGUACGAGAAUGAUUGACUCUGAGGAAUGUAGCCGUCGUGCUUCUGUGGGCCGCCUAGCCGAGAAUAUGAAAACCAAGAUUGUUGACCCUGAAACCGGAGAGGCUUUGCCUCCUGGCAAGAGGGGUGAGCUAUGGCUGCGAGGUCCAACAAUCAUGAAAGGUUAUGUUGGAGAUGACAAGGCAACUGCUGAGACCUUGGAUGAAGACGGGUGGUUGAAGAGCGGUGAUCUUUGUUACUUCGAUGACGAGGGUUUCCUCUACAUUGUUGACAGGUUAAAGGAAUUGAUAAAGUACAAGGCAUAUCAGGUACCCCCAGCUGAGUUGGAACAUAUACUUCAGUCCCAUCCCGACGUUGUGGAUGCUGCUGUGAUUCCUUAUCCGGAUGAAGACGCGUGGCAGAUUCCCAUGGCCUAUGUGGUUAGAAAGCCCGGAAGCAAUAUCACUGAGGGUCAAGUUAUGGAUUUCGUUGCAAAGCAAGUUGCUCCGUACAAGAAGAUACGACGUGUAGCAUUUAUCAACUCCAUUCCAAAAUCUCCAUCAGGAAAGAUCUUGAGGAGGGAGCUAGUAACUCACGCUUUAUCCACUGGUUCAUCAAAAUUAUGAUUCUUCCGUUCGAAUCAAAGGAAGAAGAAAGCUUUCUCAGCGUUGCAUUCGAUUUGGCGUUUGCCAUGUCAACUCGUUCACGCUCUUUAUCAUGUACGCAAUCUUGGAGGCCGGGCCGGCCGGUUGUAAGGAUCGGAUCGGUUCAACGUUUACUGUUAACUUAAGACGCCAAAACAAUUUAACAGUAGAAAAUGCAUCUUUCAUGAUCGAUA